CGAAUUCUGAAAGGUUGCAUUGCUUGAUCUUUGACUCCCUCCUUUCGAUCCUUCCCCGUCAAACAACUCCGAUCACUCUCUCUCUCUCUCUCUCUCUCUCUCUCUCUCUCAAUUUGGUGUUGUGAUCAAAGUUCUGGAUUUGGUAUUCGACCGUGAACAACAUGAAUUUUCUCGUUGGAGCUUUCAAGCCUGCUUGUAACGUUUCAAUCACAUUUUCUGAUGAGAAAAAUCGCAAGAAGGUCCCGACAAAGAAGGAAAAUGGCACAUCACUGUCGGUCCCACUCUUCCAUAGUCAGGAAAAUAUUGCUGGGAAGAUUUCUAUAGAACCAGUUCAAGGGAAGAAAGUUGAACAUAAUGGGAUUAAGGUUGAGCUCCUUGGUCAGAUAGAAAUGUAUUUCGACAGAGGCAACUUCUAUGACUUUACCUCCCUUGUUCGCGAGCUGGAUGUUCCCGGUGAAAUAUACGAAAGGAAGACAUAUCCCUUUGAAUUUUCUACCGUCGAAAUGCCUUAUGAGACAUACAAUGGGGUGAACGUGCGGCUCAGGUAUGUCUUGAAAGUCACAAUCAGUCGUGGUUAUGCCGGCAGCGUUGUGGAAUACCAAGAUUUUGUUGUUCGUAAUUACAGUCCGGCUCCACCAAUCAACAAUAGUAUCAAGAUGGAAGUUGGAAUUGAAGAUUGCCUUCACAUCGAGUUCGAGUACAAUAAAAGCAAGUAUCAUUUGAAAGACGUGAUUAUAGGAAAGAUAUAUUUUCUUCUUGUGAGAAUUAAGAUUAAGAAUAUGGACCUUGAGAUCAGACGUAGAGAAUCAACCGGAUCAGGGGCCAGCACCCACGUUGAGACGGAGACACUUGCAAAGUUUGAGUUGAUGGAUGGUGCUCCAGUCAGAGGUGAGUCAAUACCAAUUAGAUUGUUUCUUAGCCCAUACGAACUGACGCCAACGCAUCGCAACAUCAACAACAAAUUCAGCGUGAAGUAUUACUUGAACCUUGUUCUUGUCGAUGAAGAGGACCGUCGGUAUUUUAAGCAGCAAGAAAUUACAAUAUACCGUCUUGAAGAAGCUUCCUGAUUUUUCUUGUAUGAAAUUGUCGUUCCAUCAAGAACGGAGAAAUUGAUUGCAAUCACGAGGCACUACAUGGAGCAUCAACGCGUAGGAUCAUGUCAAAUGAUGUUUCUCGGAGGUUGUUAGGACAUGUCAGAAUGUUAUUUAUCGGGGAGUGUUAUGUUGAAUUUGUACUUAUUUUGUAUUUGUCCUUAUUGGUGAUUCCCCUCUUGGGUUUGUUGUACAGAUGGCAUCUAUGUGGAGUAUCUGGAAUUCGAAGCUAGGAUCCCUGUUUGAUGUUUUGAAUAAGAAUAUGAACUGUUAUCCUUUA